CUCAAUCAAUUUCAUACUACAAUAUAUACAACCAAACAUUUUAGAUAUUCUAGAGAGAGAAAAGGGUCGAAAGCCAAAUUAAGAGACCAAAAUAAUGGCUCGUAAAAAUGGUGUUUUGAUGCCUAUUCUUGCCGUUGUUCUGGGCAUACUAGCAGUUGCUCUUAGUUUUACUGCUUAUUCCAAAAGGAUUAAGGCAGGUGAUGUUGGUCCUGUAGUAAACGGGGAUUGCAUAUAUCCAAGCAGUGCAGCUUGUGCCCUAGGCAUAAUUGCUGCAUUAUUUCUUUUGGCUGAGCAAAUUGUAAUAAGUUGUGGUAUCAACUGCUUUUGCUGUUGUGGAGGACGUUUUUCUUCCACUUGUUCCGCUGUUACCUCGCUCAUUCUCUUCGUCUUGUCCUGGAUCACAUUUAAAAUAGCAUUUGUGGGAUUAUUAUACACAUCCAUCCUCAACAACAGAAGUUAUCUAUCAAAAACUAACCCUGGAAGCAAUGGUGACAUUUGCAGAGUUGGCAGGGAAAAUUUGUUCCUAGGGGCAGCAAUUUGGUGUAUAAUUAGCAUCGUUUUAGGUCUAAUCUCUUACGCUUUAUGGGCGCAUAGUGUUGCAAAUAACAUAAACAAUGAUAAUUACGCUACUAAUAAUUAUGGACAAGGUGUUGCUAUGGGACAACCUGCUCAUACACAACUACCAAAGGAUCGAUACUGAUAAUGUAAUUACGUGAUGAAGACGAUUGAAGAUCAAGAACUGCAUGAAUUGAAAGAAUAGGGUUAAUUCUUUUUAGAAUGAAGCUUGAUUUCUUUUAGGAAGGUUUGUUGUGAAUAAUCUUUCAGAUUAUUUUAUUUAUUUGUUUAUUUUAUGUGUGUAAAGUGUAAUACUUCUUUCGUUUUCUUUAGUUGCAACCUACAUUUUUAUUUUGAAACAUUUUUUUUUAGUUAUAAUCUAUCUAUUUUUGGCAA